ACCUGCAAGAGAAGCCUGUUUCACCAACUAAUAACCAAGGGUGCGGAAUAAUACAAGCUUACUUUGUUUUAGCUGAAACUCCCAGGCAAAUUACACGUGAAAUGUUUCCCACUAUUGCACACAAUUUAGGACACCAACGUUUCAAUCCACGUGUUUGCAUUCGUAAUGUUUUGUAGUUAGAAGAAACGCUUCAGAAACUGAAACGUUUCAAAAACUUGUGGAGAAAAAUCUCUUUAAUUUAGUUCUAUUCUAAGACAAAUAUACUUAUAUUGACCUCAAACAUUUUAGCUUUUUUAUUCAUUUUUUUCUCUAAAUUAAUUUAUUUUAUUCAAUUUUUCCUUUUUAUUUUGACAAAAUUUGAAGACGUUUGACUUUGAUUCAUUAACAAUAACUAUGCUAAAAGCUCUUGUGUUAGCCUGUUAUUUUUUGCAAUUUUCGGUUAUCACGCCUUUAGACCCUGGCGAUCUGCUGGUUGGAAGAGAGCGACAACUAAGAGCAUCUUCAACGUGUGGUUUAGACGGGCCUUCAACCUACUGUGUGCAAGAUCCGACAGCAGCAUUUGCGGCUAGGGUCGAUUGUUUCACAUGUGACUCUCGACUCCCGUAUGGGGACGAUGACGCAGAACAGACUCAUUUGAUAGAAAAUGUGGUCAGCUCAGAUCAGAAUUUUUUGAGGAAGCCUUACUGGUGGCAAUCACAAACAGACGUGGAAAAAGUGGACAUCGAGUUAGACUUGGAAUCGACAUUUGACCUUGAGUCUGUCUCUGUGACCUUCAAGUUCCUCCGACCCCACUCGAUGGUGAUUGAGAAGUCCUCCUCGGACGACGGAGAGGGGGACUUGUGGGUGCCUCUGCAGUACUACUCCCACGACUGCUUCAGAGUGUUCCCCACUGUGCCCAAUUUGAUAUCGAGGAAGGAGGGGGAGGCUUAUUGCGAGCAGAGUUACCAGGACAUGACUGACGUCAAAGAACCAGUAGUGUUCAAAAUGGAGGAUCUCAUUGGUGGAUUGAGCAGCCAAUCAGAAUUAGCCAAAGAGCUCAGACUGGUGACCAAUAUCCGGAUCCGACUGGUGAAAUUUCAUGCUCUUCCUUCAAACCCACAAGCUGACCCAGCUGAUGAACGAGCCAGAUAUUUCUAUUCCAUUUCUCAAUUAGAAGUUCGUGGAAAUUGUUUCUGCAACGGGCACGCUUCCAAGUGCAUCCCCAAGAACCCGUACGAAGGCUACGAAACCGGAAAAGUGUACGGGGUCUGUCAGUGCGACCAUUUCACAGAGGGAACCAACUGUGAGAGGUGCAUGCCCAUGUACAAUGCACUCAUGUGGCAGCCAUGGAGUCAAAACAACCAAUUCGAAUGCAGAGAGUGCAAAUGCAACAAUCACGCGAGCCUGUGUCGCUUCAACCAGACCCAGUUUGACCUUGACCCCAGGGCGAGCGAUGGGGGUCAGUGCGUGAACUGUGAUGAUGAGACGGAGGGGUCCCACUGUGACAGAUGUAGAGUGGGUUAUCAUCUGCAGCUGGGAAGACAAAUAUCGGACCGAUUCCCCUGCAGAAUGUGCAAUUACGACCCUCGCGGCGUCACUUCCGACAUCUGUGACCCCAAAACAGGCCAGGUAUUCUGUAAACCAAAGGUCACAGGGGUCAGAUGCGACACCUGUCUGCAGGGCUACUAUGGUCUGGGAUUUGAGAGUUCAGACGGGUGUCUGCCAUGUGGCUGUGCUCCUGGGGGAUCUAAGUCGCCCUCUUGUGAUUCGGGGAAGACGGGAAAAUGUGACUGCCGAUAUGGGUUCAUUGGUCAGAAAUGUGAUCAAGUGGCACCCGGUGCAUUUCUACCUGGGUUCGAUUUCUUUCAUCUCGAAGCAGAGGACAGCCAAUCAGUUUCGAGGAAAAUUGUGCUUCGAGACCACGGGUACAAGACUUGGACUGGGGAUGGCUUUGUUGAAAUGAGGCCGAGCGAGAGUUUGAGUUUUGAGAUCGGUCAGGGGGAGUUGCCGAAGACGUCUGUUCCGCUAUUGUUCAUACCUUUUCUGCGAAUCAAGCCGAUCGAGGGUCCCUCUUUCCAACUGUCUGUGCGGUUUGUGCUGAGUGGGAAGGAGAGUGAGAGGGGCAGCAUGGGACCCAAGUGGGAGAGUGGCUGCCGGAUGGAGUAUGGACUGAACAAGAGUCCAGCUAUGGCCUUCAAAGUGGACAUGACACAGGCAAACUCCAUUUGGGGCUGGGUGAAGUUGGGAGAUGACACUCUGCUGUGCAUGCAUGAGGACAUCCCUGUGGAACUAGUGUUGACGAUAGACCAGUCAGUAGACUACCAUACUACACUGCAGAUAGACUCACUUGUGCUAGUGCCCCACCCCAAAGCCACUUCCAUGUCGCAGUUUGGACUGACAGACGAGGAGCUUCUGUCCAGCUACUGCAUUGAGCAGCAACUGUCUCUCCUCUCAGGGGGUCAGAAGGGUCACUCAGAUGUGUCUGACAAGUGCUUGAUGUACACAAGGGCAGUGCAGGCUGACUUGUACAAUGGGGCUAAAAGCUGUGGCUGUGACAAAUAUGGAACGAUAGGUGCCAGCAGACAGUGUGAGUCAUUGGGGGGUCAAUGUGACUGCAAGACGAAUGUGAUUGGUCGAGCAUGUGACCAAUGUGUGUCCGGCACCUACAAUAUCUCAAAUGAAAACGGAUGCCAAGAUUGCAGCUGCAACGUACUUGGUACCAAACCAGGAACAUACUGCGAUGUCAAAACCGGAAGCUGUCAGUGUCAACCUGGCUUCUCUGGCAAGAACUGCGACCAGUGCCUGGCAGGAAGAUUCGGGUUCCCGCGUUGCGAGGAGUGCCAGUGUAAUGGGAGGGCGACCACUUGUGAUUCGGAGAGCGGAAAGUGCAUCGGAUGUACACAGAACAGUGCCGGAGACAACUGUGAACUUUGUGAGGAUGGAUUCUACUUGGAUAGAAGCACCUCCCCCUCGGUGUGCAGGGCGUGCUCAUGUCCAGGCACCUUCAGGAACAGCAUGAACAAGAGCAUCGCCUUCUUCGCCUCCGGCUGCUCCGCUGACAACUCAGAUUCGGUCACGUGCUCCUGUCUCAAAGGAUACAAAGGCGAUUUAUGCACGGAAUGUGCACCUGGCUAUUUCGGAAACCCAGCAGCCGGAGUUCCCUGUUCCGAAUGUGACUGCAAUGGGAAUGAACUGGACACUUCGGCCAAGUGCGACAGUAGGACAGGAGUGUGUCUGGGGUGUAGGAACAAUGCAGACGGCAGUCACUGUGAGAAGUGUGCGGAUGGGUUCCACGGAGACCCAACAGAACCAGAGGAGGGUUGUUCAGCCUGCAAGUGCAACAGAGCUGGAACCCUGGAUAAAACAUGUGGUCCAAAUGGGUGCAGAUGUGACAGUCGCACUGGCAGCUGCUACUGCAAGCCGAAUGUGAUGGGAGCCGACUGUUCUAUUUGUGCCCCCAACCACUUUAACAUUUCACACCCCGAGGGGUGCCAGCCGUGCGAGUGUGCGAGUUAUGGGUCUCGUGAAAAUAUGUGUGAUCCGGUGACUGGCUCGUGCUCGUGUCUUCCCUACUACGGGGGCAGGAAGUGUGACCAGUGUCCGGAUCAUCAGUGGGGAAAUCCUCUGGCCUCCUGCCACAACUGCGACUGUCACCCUCUAGGAUCCAAGGAUCAUCUGCAGUGCAAUAGGUUCACAGGUGAAUGUGAGUGCAAAGAGGGCUUCCGGGGUCAGAAGUGUGACCAAUGCCAGGAGGGGUUCCAGGGGGAGUUCCCUAACUGCGUCUCCUGUGGCCCAUGCUAUGACCAGUGGAAGAUCGAUUUAGACAACUUGAAAAGAAGAUCUCUGGAGCUGGGGGAGAAGGCGGCGAGGAUUGAGAAGAGUGGGAGUGUGGGGGAGUACAGGGGGGAGUUCGAGAAGCUGGACAGAUACAUUAGGGACAUAGAGAGGCUGUUGGAGAGCAACAAGGAGGCGGCCGACAGACUCAAGACACUCAGCGACACUGUCGCCACUUCAAAGAAGCGAGCUGCACAGUUGGAAUCGGAGCUGCUUAAGUUCGAAGAUUCAAUUGAGAGUCAGUCGGACGAGUUGACUGCUCUCAAGGCCCAACUAGAGAGGACAAGAAAGGCCAUGAAUGAGUCACAGAGGAGGAUAGACAUUUUGAGGGCCAAGAAGGACGGACUGGCUGCUGACUCACUGCUUGGCAUCAAAGAACGCAUCUCGCGUGCGACUGAGAUGACCCAGCAAGCACUGGCCGACUCACAAGCCGAGAACCAAACCCUCGUCUCAAUUGAGAGACAGCUGGACUACAUAGAACAGCAGCUGAAGUUGAUCAACCCGGCUCAGUACCAGGAGACGGUGGAUAAGUUCUCGCGUACUUUCAAAGAGCUGGAGGGUCAAGUGAAUGACACGCAGAAAUUCAUCGCCGAAAUGACCAAACUGAUGUGUGGCGGUGGGGACUUUUCUGAAGUGGGCAGCUGUGAGUCCUGUGGGGGUCCCAGAUGUGCCUUCUGUGGCAACAUGCCCACUGAGGAGGGCAUAGUGCUGGCCACAUGCAAAGGAGCAGCCACGUAUGCCCGGAAGGCAGACUCCAAACUGCAGGAGAUCAUUGCUCUGCUGGACCGGAAACUCAUGAGGGCCAGGGAGGUGUUGCAAGAGGUAAACGAAGCCCUCUCAUUGGUCGAAAUCACUUCCCUCUCAGCCGAGGAGCUCAGACGAAGAGCGGAACUGGCGGAAGAGACUGCCUCUAAUCUGAACAAGACAUUCUCUGAUCAACUGGCCGCUAUAGCUGGACAGAAGGCACUGAGUUACAGAUACCUAGAUGAUGUGUCCCAAUUGUUGAAGGCCAUUAACAACUUCAAGAUGCCAAAUAUUACCAAGGAGGAUAUUGCAAAUCUUGAACGUGAGAUGCGGAGUGUGGAGGCGCAGGUGGGGCAGAUGGAGAGGGCCACUGAACAGAUGCAGGCCAAUGCGUCUCUAGUCAGACAGCUGCUCCAGGACGCACUCAGUGCAAGGGAGCUUGCGGAGAGUGUGCUGGCUGAUGUGAGGAAACUAGUUGACCUCCUGGAUGACGCGGAGAAGUCCAACAACCUCACAGAGGAUGCCAUAGAGGACAUCAAACGAAAACUGGCUCAGAUGGGCGACAAAGAGGCCGGGCUUCGCACAGACAUGUCUGGUUUGGACAAACUGGUAAAUGACACGGCAGACUCUCUCAAGUCGGUGCUCCAGUGCAGGGACACUGUGGCCUCCCUCAUGUCCAGUCUGACUGUGGAACUGACAGAUGCAGAAGCAGUGGUCAUACAGGCAAACGCCACAGUCAACAACACCAGGAAGGAAGCUGAUGAUCUUCGAGAGGAGUUUGACGGACUGGAUGAAUUCCUGGACGAGAAAAUAGCCGAAACAAAAGAGAUCUCGGACGAGGCUGCGGAGGCAGUGGACAGGGCCACCGAGUUGAGCACAGGCGCCCAGAGGGUGUUCGACAGGUUCCAAAACUUGAACAAACGACUCUAUGACCAAAUAAGGAAAUUUAAGGACUACGAGACUAAGAUAGACGCUCUCAAUACCCGACUGGACGAUGCGUGGGAAAAGAUUCGAUAUCAGUACCAGCUGAAGUACGACCCCAAAUGCGAGAGUAUAAACUUCCCCCCGUCAGUUUAAAAUAAACAUUAUGACGAUAUAAAACUCAUCAGCUGUAUAAGCUUUUUCGCUCUGUAAACUUUCAAACGAGCAAUAAUUUACUCAUCCCAACAGUUUUAAAAAACAGUUUAUAAAAAGUUGAAUUAUAGGCUCAGAACAAUUUGCGUUUA